AUUCUGGCUGUAAAAUUCUGUUUAGACAAAAAGGAAAUGAAGAACCAAUCAAUGGAGAUAGAGUUUAUUCUGCUUGGACUGACAGAAGACCCUCCGCUGCAAAUUGUAAUUUUCCUCUUUUUCCUUCUCAACUAUGUGUUAAGCCUGAUGGGGAACUUCAUCAUCAUCCUGCUCACGCUGCUGGAUCCACGCCUCAAGACUCCAAUGUAUUUCUUCCUCAGAAAUUUCUCCUUCUUAGAAAUUUCAUUCACAACAGUUGGCAUUCCACGGUUCUUGAUAACCAUUCUGACUGGAGACAAAACAAUUUCCUAUAAUAGUUGUGCAACUCAAUUAUUCUUUUUUCUUUUAUUAGGAGUUACAGAAUUUUACCUUCUGGCUGCCAUGUCUUACGACCGCUAUGUGGCCAUCUGCAAACCGCUGCAUUACCCAAUCAUCAUGAACAGUAAAGUCUGCUACCAACUUGUACUCAGCUCUUGGGUAACGGGAUUCCUAAUCAUCUUUCCCCCUUUGGUUUUGGGACUGAAAUUGAAUUUCUGUGCCUCCAGAACUAUUGACCACUUCCUAUGUGACUCUUCUCCUAUCCUCCAGAUCUCUUGCACAGACACUCGUGUCAUUGAAUUGAUGGCUUUUGUCUUAGCCGUGAUAACACUUGUGGUCACGUUGUUGUUAGUGGUCCUCUCCUACACGUACAUCAUCAAAACCAUUCUAAAAUUCCCUUCCACUCAACAACAAGCAAAGGCCUUCUCCACCUGUUCCUCACACAUGGUUGUCGUCUCUAUUACUUAUGGGAGUUGUAUUUUUAUGUACAUGAAACCAUCAGCAAAGGAAAGGGUGACUUUAACAAAAGGUGUAGCUGUGCUCAAUACCUCCGUUGCUCCUUUACUGAAUCCCUUCAUUUAUACCCUAAGGAACCAGCAGGUGAAAGAAGCCCUUAGUGGCAUGCUUCAAAGAUUUUGCUGUUUUCACAAGAGUGAGUAA